AAAAGACGCCGGUAUUAAGGAAAUUAAACCAGGAAGUUUCAGAAAUAUUGGACACAUGUCUUCAGUACAUUUAAAUUCAAACGAAAUUAAGCACCUUCCGCCGAGGUUCCUUAGUUCACGUUAUUUAUUCGAGUUAGUAUUAUCGUUCAAUAAAUUGCAGCAUAUCGACCCUGAGGCAUUUGCUGAGGUGCGAACGAUAAUGGUGUUGAGAUUGGAUAAUAACUUGUUAAAAGAGAUUCCACUCGCCGUAUAUAAUCUCGACGUAGCGCAAUCUUUAAUCAUAAGCAUGAACUUUAUCGACCUGAUCUCACAUCCCAAUAUAAGCAUUGUCCAAUCGUCACCUGAAAAAUUGAUUAUAGCAAAAAAUGAAAUACAAUCAAUUUCAAGAAAUUAUUUCAGUGGAUUAAAGUCUCUGGAACAAAUAUUCAUUUACCUGAAUAAGAUAUCGUAUAUAGAAGAUGGAUCUUUCAGUGGAACCAGUCUCACGUAUUUAUAUAUAUACGGUAAUCUGCUGCAGAAAGUAACAAGUGGAAUGUUUAAAGUAAACACUGGUUCACUUAAAUAUCUUUAUCUAUUUAAUAAUCCGAUAGAAGAUAUGGACCAAGGCUGGUUGUCUUAUCUGGCACCGAAUUCAUCAGUGUAUCUGGAAUGUGUAAAUCUCAACUACAUCCCAUCGAAUAUAGCAGAACACACAAAUGCCAACACCAUUCACUAUUAUCUUGUCAACAUCACUCACUUUCUUCAUCUGGCACCUCUACAAACGGUACAAAGAGGAUCACUCAGUGCAUCACUUAACGGACAAAUUCUUGUCGAUUACAAUGAUGUUACUCUAUUUGACCUAUGCAAACACUUGCUCAAACAUUAUGGAGAUGUGUAUAAGAGACAGAGGACGUCUUGUUGA